AUGGCGACAAGUAGAUUGGAAAGAAUUGGAACAAUAUUUACUAGAGCUGAAGGAUUGCUCAAACAUGGGGCUCUAAAGCCAGAUGAUAGGCCCAUUUGGUUUGAUGUUUAUCAAGCCUUCCCACCCCUAGUGGAACCAAAGUUUGCAAGACCAAAGCCAGAAAAUAAGCCUAUAAGGCAAAUUUUGUAUAAAGAGGAUGCAAUUAGGGUAAAAUUUCAUAUGAAAGGACAUGGAUUAGGAUUGAACAUGCUAAGUCCCUAUGGCGAGACUCAAACAAAGAAACUGAUUCAGAAGUAUGAACAAUUGAAAGAGGAAGGUGUACAAGAUACAGAAUUAGUAGAGAAGUCAGUUUCUUCCGUUAUAAGCCAUAAGGAAUCUGAACAAAUCACAUUAAAAGCUAAUCCAGAAUCUGCUACUGCUCAAGUUUUAUCAGAAGCAAAUUUAAAAAAUAUUUUUAAGCAAUAG